ACCUACCAACAAAGGUGUUUUACGGGCUUCCGUUCUUAGUCGAUCUCAACCUGAGCUUUAAUAAGCUUAGGGGCUGGAACGACGAAGCCUUCUCCUACGUGAACAUGCUUCUCCAUCUCAACAUCAGCAACAACGCGAUAAAGGAGCUCACCCCGGCCUCGUUCAAAAGGUUAAACUCCCUGAUCAAGCUGAACCUUGACGGCAACCACCUAGAGAACUUGGAAAAGGACAGCUUCAUCGGCCUGCCGCGUCUGGACCACCUCAGCGUCAACAACAACAAGCUUCAAGAAAUCGACAGCUACACCUUCGAUGCCACUCGCAAGAUCAAGGUCUUGCUAUUGGAAAACAACGAAAUUUCCAUCUUCGGCCCCGAAGUCUUCCACAACUUGGGCAAGGUCGAGUUUUUCACCUGCAAUCGCAACAGCACCCCCAAACUCGAACUCGAUACCUUCAAAGGCUUCUCGGGGGUAACCACUUUACACCUGACCAACAUGAACAUCGAAACCUUAGAUGAAGAUUGGUGUUCCGGUUUGUAUUCCGUCACCGAUCAUCCAGGUGACAUUAUGGAAUCGUGGUACAUCUACAAUCCGUUGUUGGGCGUGACCAACAUUCGAAAGAUCGAAAUUUCUGCCGAUGAGUGCAUCGAGAAUGUCCUGCAGGAGAUCGAAGGGAGGAUUUCGAAGGGAUGUUCCGGGUCCAUCGAAGAAAUUGAAAAUUUAAUCCUGCAAUCGCAGAGUGAGAGCGACAAUCAUCCCCAAACCUUUGGCCCGUUUGGCAAAAUUAAGCAGUUGUACUUGAUAUGCAACUGGGAGACUUUGGGGGAAGGUUUGCUUGAUGGUUUUGAUGAUUUGGAAGGUCUCUACGUGCGUAAAAAUUCUUCUUUGAGAAGCAUCGAGCGUGGAUUCUUUAGGAACAAGAGCAAUUUGAAGAAGGUGGCCAUUAACAAUUGCAAACUGGAACUGGAACCGGGUAUGUUGAAAGGCAUGCCUAAUUUAAAGGAACUGGAUUUGAGCAGAAACCAAAUUGAAGAAUUGCCAGUCGGUUUACUCACCGACGUUCCCGACAUUGAAACGCUGACAUUAGCGCAUAACGACAUCAGAAGUCUAUCUACGAAGGUGUUUUACGGACUUCCACUCUUGGUAAAUCUCGAUCUGAGCUUUAAUCGUCUCCAAGGUUGGAACGACGAAGCCUUCUCCUACGUCAACAUGCUUCUCCAUCUCAACAUCAGCAACAACGCGAUAAAGGAGCUCACGCCGGCCUCUUUCAAGAGACUAAACUCUCUCGUCACCCUCAACCUGGACGGCAACUACCUCGAGAGUUUAGAAAAGGACAGCUUCAUCGGUUUACCACGCUUGGACCACCUCAGCGUCAACAACAACAAGCUCCAAGAAAUCGACACCUACACCUUUGAUGCCAUUCGCAAACUCAAGGUUUUGCUAUUGGAAAACAACGAAAUUUCCAUCUUCGGCCCCGAAGUCUUCCACAAUUUGGGCAAGGUCGAGUUUUUCACCUGCAAUCGCAACAGCACCCCCAAACUCGAACUCGAUACCUUCAGAGGCUUCUCGGGGGUAACCACUUUACACCUGACUAACAUGAACAUUGAAACCUUGGACGAAGAUUGGUGUUCCGGUUUGUAUUCCGUCACCGAUCUCGACUUGAGCCAAAACAGACUCACUCACCUCCCGUCGUACGCAUUCCGCUGCGCCAAAGCGCUGACCAAGCUGAACCUGCGCGACAACCUCAUCGAAACCGUCGACACGCGCACGUUCGACACCGUCUUCAACUUGCAGCACCUGGACCUAUCCAACAACAAACUGCGACAAGUCCCCAGCAACAGCUACGACAACUUGUGCAGCGUCCUAACCUUAAACUUGGCCCACAAUCUCAUCGUCUCCCUAAAUCCACUCUCCUUAAUCGCCUUUCGAGGACUCAACAAGUUGGACCUCUCCUACAACCAAAUCGAGAUCAUCGAACCCGACGCCUUCCUCGCGAACCACAAACUCGUAAGUCUCAGCGUCAGCUUCGGUUGCGUCAAGGCGGCGACCUCCUGGAUCGCGUCCACCAACUUAGUCGACGGGACGAAGAAACCGGGAAGCCCGAUACAUUUACCGGAACAGUUGAGAAACCUGGCGAGGCUCGACUUCGACAGCUGCGGAAUGACGCACGUCGACAUCGACUGCAACCAGAACGCGUCGAGCGUCGUGAAACUCGUCGACGAUUCGAAGACUGACGCCUGGACGACGAAGGCCGAUGAUGAUAUCGCACAAGUCAAACAGUCAAUUACAAAUUUUAUUCAUUAAGUAUUCUUUUGCUAUAAGGUCUUUAAUAAAGUAUUAUUCUACAACCAGA